AUGUCACAGAGAAAGACUACCUCAUCAUCAAGCGGUUCUUCCGCCGAUGACAAGUACACAAUCAUUCUCCCAACAUACAAUGAAUCGGAGAAUCUACCAAUCAUCCUCUGGCUGAUUGACACAGAGUUGAAGAAGGAGUUCAUCAACUAUGAGGUCAUCAUUGUUGAAGAUAACAGUCCAGAUGGAACAUUGCAGAUUGCACAGCAGUUGCAAAAGAUCAUUGGUGAGGAUAAGAUCAAGAUCCUGUCAAGACCAGGAAAGAUGGGUUUGGGCUCAGCCUACAUGGACGGAAUGAAGAUGGCCACAGGCAAUUGGAUCAUCUUAAUGGAUGCUGAUCUGUCACAUCAUCCAAAGUUCAUCCCUCAAUUCAUCCAGAAACAAAAGAAAUACAACACAGAGAUCGUCACUGGAACUAGAUACGCGUCGGGAGGAGGUGUCUAUGGUUGGAACUUCUACAGGAAGCUGACGAGUCGUGUGGCCAACUACAUUGCCUCUGUACUGCUGACACCAGGUGUCUCUGAUCUCACCGGAUCAUUCAGAUUGUAUAGAAAGGACGUGUUGGAGAAGCUCAUUUCUGUAAAUAAGUCAAAGGGAUAUGUCUUCCAGAUGGAGAUGAUGGUCCGCGCUAAUCAAUUCAACUACAAGAUUGGAGAGGUUCCAAUCACAUUCGUCGACAGAAUCUAUGGUGUGUCCAACUUGGACUCUGGCGAGAUUGUUAGCUACCUCAAGGGUGUCAUGAACCUGUUCUUCAGUAUCUAA